GCACUGUGGAGUUUCUAGUGGAUUCACAGAAGAAUUUUUAUUUCCUCGAGAUGAACACACGUCUUCAAGUAGAACAUCCUAUCACAGAGUGUAUCACAGGGAUCGAUAUUGUUCACCAAAUGAUUCGCUCUGCCAAAGGUCAUAAGUUGCUCUAUUCCCAGUCUGAUAUUCCAAUAGAUGGCUGGGCGUUUGAGUGUAGAGUGUAUGCGGAGGAUCCUUACAAGAGUUUUGGUAUGCCCUCCAUUGGUCGACUGGAGAAAUACAUUGAACCAUCUCAUAUUGAUCAGGUUCGAUGUGAUAGUGGUAUUAAGGAAGGUAGUGAAAUCAGUGUUUACUAUGACCCAAUGAUUUGCAAGCUGGUGACAUAUGGAAGCAACAGACAGGAAGCCCUAGAUGUGAUGGUCAAGGCUUUGGACUCUUACGUCAUUAAAGGUGUGACACACAAUAUUCCCCUGUUGAGAGACAUAGUUACGGAGAAGCGGUUUGUGGCGGGGGAUAUCAGCACCAGUUAUCUCCCUACUGUAUACCCAGAUGGAUUUAAAGGUAGAACUUUGUCACCCUCUGAGAGUAUGGAACUGGCCACUAUGGCAGCAGUAAUGUACAUCAAAGAUAAAAUUGUAUCUACCAGUUUCAAAAAUCAGAACAGAAUCCCUCUUGCCAAAAACUUGCCCAGCAGCUGGUCUCUGAAUGUUUUAUUGAAUGAAGAGAGUUAUCCAUUGCAAGUUAGCCUGGCUGGAAAUGAUGUCACUGUUGUGGCUCAAGAUAAAACAAUGACUAUCCCAUUUGACAUUGAUGUCUCCUCACCCCUCAUCAAGAUGGCUAUCAAUGGAGAGAGUAAACUUUUCCAGUUAUCAAAGAGAAUAGGAGCAGGACUAUACAAACUUAGAUUUUUUGGAACAGUGUACCAGCUGAAGGUCUUGGAGGAGUUCGCUAGUCAGAUGUCUAAACUGAUGCCUGUCAAACAGGAAGUGGACAUGUCCUCACUAGUCCUCGCCCCCAUGCCAGGGGUCCUCAAAUCUGUAGACGUUAAACCAGGGGAUAUGGUGGCUGAGGGCCAGGAAGUGUGUGUGCUGGAAGCCAUGAAGAUGCAGAACAGUCUUACAUCAGCCAGGAUUGCUAAAGUCAAGAAAGUGAAUUUUAAACAAGGCCAAACAGUGGAUGAAGGUGAUGUUAUUGUGGAGUUUGAAUGAGAAGGCAUAAUAAAAACAGACUGACUGUGGGGGAAAAACUGAUAUUCCAAGGAAAUCUUGUGCUGCCAUUUAUUAGUGCUUGAAGAACAGUGUUCCACCAUCUGUCUUCACUAACCUAACCUACUGCUUUAUUUAUACUCACUUUGCAACAGUCCAGGUUGAUUAUAAAAUUGUAUAAAGAAGUAUUAGAUGUAACAGGUGCCUUUUCUUAACAUCAGCAUAAUUUACAGUAUAAAAGUUUUUUAAGGGCUUCUCUAAAUACCUGCAUAAUUUCAAAGUAUUAAUUGAAUUAAUAUGCAAAUGUCAGUUGUGAGAUUUUUGAAAUUUUGAGGGCAUUUGUUUUUUUGUUUUUUGUUUUUUUCAUUUUUGUCUAGAUCAGUACAGUAUUAGAUUAAUUACUAGGACAUAUUUCAUUGGAACAGCGAAAAAUCCCUAUGCAUAAUUCAGAUAUUAUAGAUAGAAAUAUCAUAGAUUAAGGAAAGUGGAUAGUUCUACAUACAAGUAUUUUUCCCGUGUAAGCCUUUUGAACAUGACGAAAAUACCUCUGGAAUUGUAUCUGUGUUGUGAUAAUCUUUAGCUAUUCCUCUAUGUAGAACAUUCAUAUAUUUGAUGUAUCUUUGAUAUAAUUUUCUUGUUUUUAAUUAAUCAAACUGUGAUGGAUUACAAAAAAAUAGAUAUUGAAAUCAUAUUUCAUCAAAACCUUUUUUUAUUAAUAUGCACCUGCAUGCAUUUAAAAGCAAUUAUAUUACAUAAUAUUAAAAGUCAUUAAGCUAUAAGAAAAAUAAGUGGAAAAAAUACCUUGCUCUAUGUAUGCAGAAAUCUGAUCCCCCCUCCCCCAAAGUUUAAUUUGCUUAAAAUGCUUGGUUUAUUUAUUUUUUCAAAUACUGGGGUAUGUACCUGUACAUUGCAUCAUAAAUUGUGUAUAUUUUUCUUUAUUAUAAAGAAAAAAAAUAGUAAAAGAAAAAAAGGGAAAAUAACAAGUGCUUUACAUAUACAUGUAGACGUAUGUAGAAACUGCCAAUUGGAAAUACAGUAUUUACAUGUAUGAAAACAGUUAUGUAUAAUAUGUUUAUUUAAAAUGAUUAAGAGUUUGAGAAUCGGCAUGCAAAGAAAAUGUAUUUGAUAGUCAUUUGUAUUAAAACCAAUCUGGUACAAUGCAAAUACCAAAAUGCACUGUAAAAAUCUGCAUUCAGUAUUUAGCAAGAAAGGAGAAUCGAUUUGCAUGUAUACAGCUUGGGUGUUGACUUUACACAAAGUAUUUCAUGAAAGGGUACUUUAAGUAAAGCAUUUUUACAGUAGGACAGAGAAUUGUUAAUUCUGUUAUGAACGUGAUUUGUUAUAUCCAUUAAGUUGAUAGCAACAAUCCCUUAUAUGCUUGUUUGCUUUAAGCAUAUGUUUCUGUAAACAUAAAAUACUUGCAAUUUAUAUACAAAAAAUGAUAAAUGCUCUGGCAUCUUAAGAUGUCUUAUGGUCAGGGAAUUCCGUAUUUUGCUGGUUGUAUGGCCAUUUCAUGAAACGAAAGAUAUUUAUAGAUUUAAUCUUGUGAUUUAUAUAAUAAAUUCUGAUUUGUAGCUGAAUUUAUUGCCAAUGUAUUGAUUAUGGGCUUUUAGAUUUCCCAGUAUAUAUUGUGUUAUUUUACAGUUUUAUUGAAUAAAUUUUAAAAAAUGUCAA